AUUUGUCUUCAAGUUUUGGUUUCAAUACAUUUUGAUAUUUGUCUUCAAGUUUUGGUUUCAAUACAUUUUGAUAUUUGUCUUCAAGUUUUGGUUUCAAUACAUUUUGAUAUUUGUCUUCAAGUUUUGGUUUCAAUACAUUUUGAUAUUUUUUUGGUUUCAAUACAUUUUGAUAUUUGUCUUCAAGUUUUGGUUUUAAUACAUUUUGAUAUUUGUCUUCAAGUUUUGGUUUUAAUACAUUUUGAUAUUUGUCUUCAAGUUUUGGUUUUAAUACAUUUUGAUAUUUGUCUCCAAGUUUUGGUUUCAAUACAUCUUGAUAUUUGUCUUCAAGUUUUGGUUUUAAUACAUUUUGAUAUUUGUCUUCAAGUUUUGGUUUUAAUACAUCUUGAUAUUUGUCUUCAAGUUUUGGUUUUAAUACAUCUUGAUAUUUGUGUUCAAGUUUUGGUUUUAGUAUUGUUUCAUAUUGUGUGUGUAGUAUAG